CCAGGCGCAGCCCCUGGGACGCCACCCGCCUUUGUUUCCUGCCGCGAGGCGCGGGCGGGGUCGGCUCGCAGGGAGCCGCAGCGGGUGAAGGGGGGCCGAGGCUGCUGCGCUUUUUCUAUUUACAAGUUUCCCGAACUCCCCACCCUUGCUCCACCCCCUGGUGGCUGGGAGGCGGGGAAGCCCAGCGCCGGGACUGCAGGUUCCCCCUGGGCAGCAGCGCCGCCGGGAGCUGCUGGUGGGGUCGAGCUGCGCCCCAGGUGCGGACCCCACCGGGUCGACCCCUGGUUGACCCCGAGCGCCGCUGCCGAGGGUGCCGGGGGCCGGGCUCCGGUGCUCGGCUCCCCGCCCCAGGGCUCGCGUGGCUCCCGGCCCUGCGGUACAUCUGCCCCAUUCUUCUCUGAAGAGACUCGCUUCCCCUGCUUCUGGUGCACAGAGGAAGGAGGCUGCUGCAGUGAUAUGUGCUUCAGUUCCCGGGAGUCUAGAACACAGUGUGUCCGACCAGCUGCUUCAAAUCCAAAUGCCAGGAAGACAAAAUCUGAUUCCGUUUGAGUUUUGUGAAGCAAGAUGAUCCUGAACCAAAGAGGAGAAGCAGUCACCUAGUGUCAGUGAAUGCUGAUUUAAUCUGACCAAAAGUCUCUCUCCUGUUUUCAGAGACACCCUGGAUAGAAAAGGAACAACACAUUAUUUCACCUUCAAACCAUCUUAGACUAAAAAACUUUCUACCGUGCUGCAAAAGUUUGGAGAUGGACAAUUUUUCCCUCCCUCUCAUUUGAAAGGAAUUGAAGAAGAAAUAAAAUGGCAGAUGUUUAAGGUUAAUAUUCAGGAUGAAUGAUGAUAAUUUAGGUGAUAAGACAGAAGAUGAAUUACAUUCCUUUUUUGUCAGUGAUAAAAAUGGAAACACAUAUACAUACAACCAAGUAUCACCAUCUACACAAAACUCAACUAGUCAUGUGAAUUGGAGUUCUGGCAACCCAGAUGACAUGGUAAUUGAUUAUGAAAUGGACCCUGCUGUAGACAGUGAUGAAAGUAUUUCUUUAAGCCCUCAGUGUGUUGAAGUACUGGAUCACCAAAAGUCUUCAAGUGCUUUCAUUAGUCAGCAGAUGUUAGACAAGCAUAAAGAUCCCACGUGUCAGUCUUCUUCUGCACUUGUAAAUACAGAGGAGCCUGAGUAUCUGCAUAGCAAUUGUCAUUCCCUAGAAGCAGUUCAGGACCAGAAUGUUGAGCCAUCUCUGACUUUUGUGUGGAAGUCUGAUAAUGAUCUGAACUGUAUAGACUGUCCUGCCGCCUCAGAGUUAAACCAAACAUUUAACCUGAAAGCAGACAAAGUUAACUGCACCUUUAUAACACACCGUGUCUUUGAAAACAGUCAGUCUUUGCAUACCCCUGGAGAUCUGCAACCAGCCAGUGUGAGAAGUGGAAAUACACCUCCUUCAUCCUGUUCCACUUGGACAUUAUCCAAUUCUGAUAAGAUGCAUGUAAGAGAAAUUAGUUAUAAUAGAGAAAGCUUUGAAAACCCUCAAGGCACAGGGUCAGAGGCCCACAACACAAGUUACACAGCAUUUUCUGAUCAUGUGAUGCAUACUGAUAUUGUUCCAGAUAUUAGAAAUCAGUGUCAAUAUUCUUCAGGAAAGGUUGCCAGUGACUACACAGAUGGGUCACAGCAAAGACUAGUUGGAGAAAAAGAGAUACAAGCUCUAACACCAGUUUCUGAUGGCAUGGAAGUCCCCAGUGGGUCUGUAUUACAAGAGCUCUAUUGUUUAUCUAAAGAUGAACUGAAUAGUGAAACACAUUCACAAAGCUCAUAUGGUCCAAAGGAAAUGGGCCAAAAUCUAAGAGAGACAGUGUCUGAUUGUCUUAUUGAUGAUGAAUGCCCUUUACUAGUUCCAGCUUUUGAAAAAAGUAAAGCUGAAGUGCUGGACUCAGAGCAUAAUAUCACUGUGACUGAAGAUCCAAAAAUUGCUUCUAAUGAGAAGGAUUUGGCAACCCAAAAUAAUACUGUAGAAUUGACACAAAGUUGUUCACCAGGACAAAAGACAGUUUCAUUAUUUGAAAUGUCUUGGGAUGCAAAUGAAAUGAUUAUUAGCACAAAUAACACAGCUUGCAUGUCAACACCAAUCGUAGAACCCACAGAUGUGAGCUUUACUUUUUCGCCAAUCCAGUCAACAGAGAGCUGUAAUAAAGUGGAGAAGAGUAAUCGAGAGCCUAAAAAUUUACCCAACUUGAAGGGGACACCUAUGAGCUUAUCUAAGGCUAAUCUGGGAAAAUCAGCAACUAAAACAAAUACCCCUAUAGGCACCAAGUUUAGAAAAACUGAAAUUAUAAGUUACCCAAGACCAAACUUCAAGAAUGUCAAAGCGAAAGUUGUGUCUAGACCAGUGUUGCAGCCCAAAGACCCUGCUUUAUCUAAGGUCACACCCAAGCCUCAGUUGACCAGCUCAGCCACCUCACCCUCAGCAGUGUCUUCCUCAAGACAGUUGACAGCUUUGAGCAAAACACCAAGAUCUGACUUGAAUGCAGACACAAAAGCAGAAAUCCUAAUUAACAAGACUCAUAAGCAGCAGUUUAACAAGCUCAUUACUAGCCAGGCAGUGCAUGUUACAACUCAUUCUAAAAAUGCUUCACACAGGGUUCCAAGAACAACAUCUGCCAUGAAAUCAAAUCAGGAAGAUGUUGACAAAACAAGUUCUCGUUCAGUAUGUGAGACUGGGUCUGUAGCUGCAUUUUUUCAGAAGAUCAAAGGCAUACUCCCUGUUAAAAUGGAAAGUACAGAAUGUUUGGGAAUGACGUAUGCUUCUAACAUUAAUAGGACCCACCCUGAAAAGAAGGGUGAAAAAGAAAAUGAAAUACCUAUGGAAAAACAAGAGCUGAAAAAGGAAGUUAUGAAUGAAACCUUUGAAUAUGGUUCUCUGUUUUUGGAUUCUGCUUCAAAAACUACCACCACCUCAGGUAGGAGUAUAUCCAAGCCUGACUCUUGCAGUUUGCGGAAAACGUGUCCAAAAGCCAAAGUGGGGCCUAUUGCUUCCUGUCUGAGGCGGAACAGUGACACUAGAAAACUCAGUUCUGAUCGAGCCUUAUCUCCUCAGAGAAUCAGGCGUUUGUCCAGCUCUGGAAAAGCUACAUCCUUGAAAAGUGCACAGCCAUCUUGGAUGAAUUUGCCUAGACCACUUCCUAAGUCCAGUGCAUCUUUGAGAAGUUCAGCGCUACGGAGAACAGGAAGCACCCUGUCGAUUGGCAGCACCCACAGUGAUCUGAGCACCUACAGCAGUAAUUCUGGUAAUGCUGCUGUCAUCAAGUAUGAGGAGAAGCCCCCAAAACCGGCAUUUCAGAAUGGCUCAGGAUCCUUAUGUUUGAAGACUUUGGUACCCAGAGCUCAUGUACACUUACUAAAAACUCCUACAAAAGGUUCUUCAAGGAAAAAUCUCUUCACACCUUUUAAUGCAGUUGAAAAGGGCAAGCAAAAGAAUCCCAGGAGUCUAUGCAUCCAGACACAGACGUCUCCAGAUGUGCUGUCCUCUGAAAAAGCACUUGAAUUGGCUCAGUAUAAAACGAAAUGUGAGAGCCAAAGUGGAUUUAUCCAGCAUCUCAAGCACCUUGUUUCCCUUGGCAAUAUCAAGCUGGAAGCAUUAACAGUUGUGAUCCAGCACCUACUGUCUGAGCGGGAGGAAGCCCUGAAACAACACAAAACCCUAUCUCAAGAACUCGUUAACCUCCAGGGAGAGCUAGAAAAACCCUGAGAUCAUGUAUCUGGAGCAAGAACUAGAAAGCCUGAAAGCUGUGUUAGAGAUCAAGAAUGAGAAACUGCAUCAGCAGGAUGUCAAGUUGAUGAAAAUGGAAAAACUGCCUUUCUUUAGAAAGGUAGCAGCAUAGCCAGCUGACAAGUGGAAAAUGUGGCUUGACAACUCUCCAAGUUACAUUUGAACUUUUUAGAACUUCCCUUAUCCACCCCCAGCUCAAAACUUUGUGGAAGGUGGUAGGACAACUGUGGCUUUUCCUCCCAUCCCUCCCUGCAUGUCAAUCUUGUGAUGUGUCAGUAUUUACUAAUCUGCAUUGGAUGGCUGUGCAAAUAGCCCCUAUAGUAAGAACAGAUUAGGAAACUAGAGGUGGGUAUUUGAGUCAUCAGCUACAUGUACAAUACAAUACAUGGCCAAUUGAUAUUCAUCAUGCAUGUUUAUUUUAAAUAGUGAUUGUGUUUGAGGUCUUUAACCUCCAAGAGUUUAUUAUGUAUGUAACUUCCAUGUUUGCUUCCGAUAAGUGGGUCAUAGAUUCACUGCCCGCUCCUGGAAUAUCUCUGCUCCCACUUCUAUGUUGUUCUCAAUGACACUGGCCAAAGUUGGGUUUGCCAUUCAUCCCCUAUGCAUUGUAAUCUCAUGCUAUUCCCUGCUAUCCUCCAUAUUGUUUAGGUGUCUUGGAAAUCUUACAGCAAUUAACAAAAAUGUUCUCAGAGGAUGGGAGACAACAGGAGAGAAUAUAGGAAAUAGAGAAUUUUUGAGAUUUGUUUAAACCAAAUGUUUCACACAGGAUGCAAAAUGUUGGCACGUCAUCAAAAUAGAUGUGUAAACAGUGGUAGCUGUGCUGUUUGUAGUGAUGGAAAAUUUUUUAUUUUGAUCAAAUAAAUAAUGCUGGAAUAUCCAAUAUAAGAA